AUGGCCACCACGCGCGCUAAGACGGGCAACGCGAAGCCGCGCGUCUUUCCCAAGAUCGAAGAGGCCGUGACGGGCAAGAAGACGACGGGGGCCGCGAGCAAGGCCAAUACGUCGAAGCCGCGCGCGAAGAAGGUGUCGACGGGGCGGGUGACGAAGCCGGCGGCCGAGAAGAAGGUGGUGAAGAAGAAGACGCCGGUCAAGGCGGCUGCGGAUAAGGUCAACGGCGCGGUGCUGAAGACUGAGGCCAAGGUUGAGGGCAAGCCCGCGAAGAAGGCCGCCGGCACCACCAAGGCCAAGUCCACCACCACGAAGAAAGCCGCCCCAAAGACCAAGGCCAAGGCCUAA